ACCGCCGACGAUGACCUCUACUCCGUCCUCAAAUCCCUCCAGCGCGAGAUCGAGUUCAUCGACAUCCAGGAGGAGUACGUCAAGGACGAGCUCAAGAACCUCAAGCGCGAGCAUCUCCGCGCCCAGGAGGAGGUCAAGCGGAUCCAGUCGGUUCCUCUCGUCAUCGGCCAGUUCAUGGAGAUGGUCGAUCAGAACAACGGAAUCGUCGGGUCGACGACUGGAUCGAAUUACUACGUGAGGAUCUUGAGCACGAUCAAUCGGGAGUUGUUGAAGCCGAGCGCCUCGGUGGCGCUUCAUCGGCACUCGAACGCGUUGGUCGAUGUGCUGCCGCCGGAGGCCGACUCGAGUAUUUCGUUGCUGAGUCAGAGCGAGAAGCCAGAUGUCACUUAUAAUGAUAUUGGAGGCUGUGAUAUCCAGAAGCAAGAAAUUCGUGAGGCUGUUGAGUUGCCUCUUACACACCAUGAGCUCUACAAACAGAUAGGUAUAGAUCCUCCAAGAGGUGUGCUUCUCUAUGGGCCUCCUGGUACAGGCAAAACCAUGCUUGCUAAGGCUGUGGCAAAUCAUACAACCGCUGCUUUUAUUAGGGUCGUCGGAUCAGAAUUUGUUCAGAAGUAUUUGGGUGAGGGGCCUAGGAUGGUUCGGGAUGUUUUUCGUCUUGCUAAGGAGAAUGCCCCUGCAAUUAUAUUUAUUGAUGAGGUUGAUGCUAUUGCCACAGCACGUUUUGAUGCUCAAACUGGCGCUGAUAGGGAAGUUCAGCGUAUUCUUAUGGAAUUAUUAAAUCAGAUGGAUGGGUUUGACCAAACGGUGAAUGUCAAAGUCAUUAUGGCAACUAAUAGAGCAGAUACUCUAGACCCUGCCCUUCUGCGUCCUGGUAGACUUGAUAGAAAGAUUGAAUUCCCUUUGCCCGACCGUCGACAGAAAAGGCUGGUCUUCCAGGUAUGCACAGCUAAAAUGAAUCUGAGUGAUGAGGUAGAUUUGGAAGAUUAUGUCUCUCGACCAGAUAAAAUUAGCGCUGCAGAGAUUUCAGCUAUAUGUCAGGAAGCUGGGAUGCACGCUGUCCGAAAGAACCGAUAUGUUAUCCUUCCCAAGGAUUUCGAGAAGGGUUACAGGACGAAUGUCAAGAAGCCGGACACAGACUUUGAUUUCUACAAGUGAAGAGGCUUCAGGGGUCUAUUUAUGCACCACCGCUGUUUAUUCAUACAUCGACCUGAUCCAAAUGUCAUCGGUUCUCUGAUUAAUCAAGGAAACAGAAGCUGGGCGUCUGAACUUUGUUAGAGUUAAAUCUAUUUUUCAAAUUUCCAAUGUGUCUUUAACCUUCUCCAGUGCCCAUGCUUCCAAAAUCUUUAUCGUUAUGUUCUUGGACAUGCUUUGUUUCGUUUAGCACCGGAAUCCUUUUAUCACCAAAAGUAUGAAACUGUACGACAACAGAACCAUAUUAACUUGUAAUCUGAAGGAUCUGGAACUAUGUUUGUGUGUGUGAUUCAUUGUCAUCAGUUAGUUUCUUAAAGCUCUCUUUUGUGA